UUUCUUGUUGUCGAUACUGAAGAAGCAUGGACUAUUGGAACAUGUGAUCGUGUUUGGGUUGCUAAACAUAUUAAAGAAGGACAUUAUAACAUGUCCAAUGUAUAUUCUAUUGAAGAUGAUUAUAAUCUUCAAUCGAAUAAUUUAGAAGAAUUUGCUAAAGAAAAAAAUUUAUGGGAUGGAAAAGAUAAAUUAAAUUUUGCUCAAGUAUUUCAAGGUCCAUCACGAUCUACCGAUGCACGAUUAAAAGCUGGUCGUGAAUUACUUGAAAAUUUAACUAAAAAUGGUAAUUUUUCAAUUUUUGAUAUGAUAUCUAUUUUACGUGAUGAUCAAGCUGGCAUUUGUGUAUUUGAUCAAGUUCGAGGUGUACGUACAACAAGUUCUCAAGUGUCUGUUUUAACACCAAAUAAAAAAUUUCAAAUAGAUGCUUGUCAUUUUUUAACUGGAACACCAAAUCCAAAACAAUCAUUAUUUAAACCAUUUAUUUUUUCAAAUAAUGUUCAAUUAGGUCCAUUGACUGUUUCAUCACCUGAAGAAGUAGUAUCCCAACGUAUUCAUCCAUUAUAUGCAGCACAUCAGAAAGCUAAAUGGGAAAAUGUCGAUCAUAAACGUUUACAAGAUUUUGAACAUGAAGGAAUUAUGGAAAUUAUUAAUAAACUUAAAUCAUUCGAAGAUAAUAAUGUUGAUACUUAUGAAACAUUGUUUUAUGAUACAGUAUCAGCAGAAAUAGAAUUGUUACGAGAACAUCCAUGUACGAAACGCUCUUAA